CAGUUGCCGCGUCGCGGUCCAGCCAGACAUGUUGCGCCCGCUACCACUGCGCGCCGCGGCGCAGGUGCUGCUGCUGCUGGUAGCCGUAGCGUCGGCGGUGGCGUCGGCGUCGGCGGGGGAGGCGGCGCCGGCUGCGGGUCCCGUGUGCCAGCAGCUGCGGCAGCGCGCCAAGGCGGCGCCGCUGGCCGCGCGGCUGCUCGCGCACGAGGACUUCUCCCGCCAGCUGUGGCCCGUGUCCAUCCUGCGCCGCGACGCUAACAUCUCUGACGACAGGCCCAUCAACGUGACGGCGACGGCGGAGGCGCUGUCCUCGGGCUGCUGGCGCGGCGUGUCUGCGCGCAGCCAGUACCUGGUGCUGGGGAGGGUGACGCGGCCGCAGCACGUCGAGGCGGACGCGCUCGUCGACUGGACUCCCGAGGCCGAGCAGCUCGUCUGGGCCGCGCUCGGUUGGCAGCCAUGGUCGGAGUGGUCGGCGUGCAGCGCUUCGUGCGGAGGCGGCGUGCAGCGGCGGCGGCGCGCCUGCUCGCUCAGCACCGGCUGCCAGGGCCACGACGCCGAGCUGCGGCGCUGCAACACCUUCUCCUGUCUCGGCAGCGUGGACGCGCUGUCUCUGGAGGACCGGCGGUACUUCCACCCGGCGCGCGCACAGUGGCAGCGGGUGCCGGGCCGGCCCAGCGCGUACCGCCUGCGGCCCAACUCCUACAUCUGGGUGCCCUCGGCGCAGCUCUUCCCGCGCGCCGGCGGCUUCCCCGCGGAGUUCUCGCUGCUCGCUACUCUGCGGCUGCAUCCCCAGGGCCGGUCGCAGGGCACGGUGCUGAGCCUGCGGUCGCGCCGGCAGCAGGACGCCUACCUGUCGCUGGAGGUGUCCGGGGACGGCGAGGGCAUGCGCCUGGUUCACGCCGCCACCAACGGCAGCACCCAGCUGGUGGCGCUGCCCGGCCUCAAGAUCCAGGACGGCCGCUGGCACCACGUCGCCAUAGGGCUACACGGAGACCACACGGUGCGCAGCUACCUGGACUGCCGCUGGGUGAGCACGAACAUCCUGAGGAGGAACUCCCUGGACACGCCCCAGGACGCUGACGUCGUCAUUGGCUACCUGUUCAUGGGCGACCUGGAGCAGCUGACCGUGGUGCCGUCCGCGGAGGCGGUGUCCGAACAGUGCGAAGCAGACGUGGCUCUCACCAACGACACGGCGCCCGUCGCCGUGGAUGAGUACGGCGACGCCGACGCCGACGACGACGAUGACGACGUGGACAUGGACUCCACCUCCGAGGAGGGCAGCGGCGGCGGCACCGACGAAGACCUCAGCGACGCUGACAACGACAUAGACACCGACUACCAGUACGAGGUGGAGUGGUCCGAGUGGAGCGAGUGCAGCGCCUCUUGCGGCACGGGCUCGCAGUCGCGCUUCUCGCGCUGCGUGGACGACGGCAAGCGACUGGAGCUGUGCGUGGAGGCGGGUGGGGAGCGCACGGAGACCCGAGCCUGCAGCCGCCAGCCGUGCCCCGCGCCGCCGCCGCCGCCACCGCGCCCUAGGCAGCGCCAGCAGCAGCAGCACGCCACCUCCAAGGAGCACCGGGACGGUCACGGCAGGACAGCGUGCGGCUGCCUGAACGGUGGGCGGUGCCGCGGUGGCGGCCGGCGUCCGUGCAAGUGCCCGCCGGGAUACACGGGCCGGCGCUGCGAGCAGCCCGUCUGCCGCCCGGCGUGCCUGCACGGGGGACUCUGCCACAGCCCAGGCUUCUGCCGCUGUCCCAGGGGUUUCCGUGGCGACCGCUGCCAGCACGCUUGGUGUCCCGCUGGCUGCGGGCCCGGCCGGUGCGUGCCGCCCGGUCGCUGCGAGUGCCCCCCGGGCAGGGCCGGGCCUCGCUGCUGGGACCUCCAGUGCGGCACCGGCGCCGACAGCGUCGUCUGCCGGAACGGCGGCCACUGCGGACCCGACGGCUCCUGCGUCUGUGCCGACGGCUGGACCGGACGCGGCUGCGCCACGCCGGUAUGUGAGCCGGCCUGCCAGCACGGAGGGACUUGCAUCAAGCCGCGAACCUGCCACUGCCCGCCAGCCACCAGCGGCGACCACUGUCAACACUUCUGGUGCCGCGACGCGUGCCUGAACGGCGGCCAGUGCGUGGGGCCGGACCAGUGCGAGUGCCCGCACAACAGCAGCGGCCCCACCUGCGGCACGCCCGUGUGCGACCCGCCCUGCGAGAACGGCGCCACCUGCCAGCCCGGGAACACCUGCCUCUGCGACGCCGUCUUCACCGGCACGCGCUGCGAGAAGAGGAAGUGCGAGUUCCGGCCGCUGCAGGAGCCGUACACCCGGGGCUUCCGGCGCCUGGUGGCCGGCGCCGCCCCUGCAGACGCCGGCGCCGGCGCCGCCUCCUCGUGCGACCCGGCGCGCCGCGGCGCCGACUGCCAGCAGCCCCAGCCGCAAGCGCGCUACCAGACGCUCUACAAGACCUUCUACCGCACCGUCUACCGCUGCGCAGACGAGGGGCGACAGUAAGCGUCGCACUGCCACCUCGAGUGUCGCGCGACCGGCGGCGGCUGCGCUCCUGAGGCGGCGGGCGGCGGGCGUCAUCCACACAUACGAGGCGAAGUCUGGGACGAGGCAUUGCUGAAGAGUGCAUUACUGUCUCUGCCAUUUCAUGUUGAAGUACUGCCAGUCGAAUUAUAUCACGUGGCAGCCCACAUCUUGACGAUCGUGGUACAUACACUUGCUUCGCUCAAGUGUCCCUCCUCACACACAGACACAUUUGUGUGUGUACCUGGAAUGGGUCCAAAGGAAAACGUUUAAGGUUGCAUGUUCUCUAACGAUGACUAUAUUCAAUAAUAACAAGUCUAUCAUCACAUUUUUGUGUUACCUCAUAUCCAUAGAUACUAAACAAUGGUAAGCCAAAAAACGAAAAUGAACCAAUAGAGAGCUAAUCUGCCCAUUUGCACAACUGAAACAAGACCUAGGUCUCCCUCAAUAGUUAGACCACUGGCUGAGCUAUCUCCACUAAUUCGACCAUGUCUUCUGACAAUACACCCACUUGUGUAUCACUGACCAAUGUCUGACUGACUUUCAUUAUUCAGUUUUAUUAUUUUAGAUAGAGCAGGCUCGCACUUUUAGGAAAACAUUUUUCUUGUUUCACUGUCUCUCUAAUUCUAUCCAACUAAUUUUUUUUUAACUUUUAAUUACACAACGACUUGUUAGCUCUCUGCAGCCAUCGUCUUAGAGAUGGUAAUUGUGUUAUCCAUUUUUAUUAUUUGGCAGCGAUGCCUGAGUGGUCGGGGGGGGGGCAGAAAGGGGGGGGUUAUCUUAUAUCUUCUAAUCGGGAAUUUACUUGCAAAAUAUUUUAUCGGAGUCACUUCGGGAAUUCGAUCAACAGCCAGGUUAAAAACCUCAGAAAUCUGUCCACAACCACGAUUCAGUUUCGAACUUACACUCACUUUCAAGUCUACGAGAAAGUGUGGACGACAGAUCUGUGCGUUACUGUUGCAAUGUACAGGGUGUUCAGAAAUUCCCGUUACAGAAUUCUAGGACUUGCAGAGGGGAAUGAGUAGCUAAUAUUUUGAACUGGAACCCACGUCGGGAAACGUACGCUUUCUGUGCUACAAGCAUUUAAAAACAUGUUGGUAUUGCGACCACUCUUACAAGUAACUGAUCGCACAUGACCCAGCACAUCUCUUGUUUUAGAAUCCCACUCAUUAAUAGCUAAGGAAAUCACUCGUGUGCUCGUUGACGAGUUCUCUUCAGUAUGAUAAAAAACGGCCUCUUCGAAUUCGGGUGUGCGGCAUCUCCUUAAAGCACCACAUUCACGCCUGCUAACCAUGGUGAUAAUCUUUCUCGAUGCCGCUGCGUAAUUGUUGUGAAAAUAUAGUGCUAUCGAAUCGGUAGACAACGAUCUUGAUAAGAUCGACGAGCAGCACUUCCAUUACCGUGAGUUUCUCUAUUCGGGAGUAUAGUAUGUAUUCUGCAAACGUGUACUCAACCACGUAGCUCUAACACUGACAUACACGUUAAUGAAGCUAGAACCAAAUCAGAGAAAAAGGGUUGAAGUCAAAUGGGAUCAGCCUGUUGCUUACCUGCGCAGCAAAAAUAUUUUCAAAAGACUGUAACACCGAGAGGUAUGUUUCCAGACAUUGUUUCCUACUCAAACCACUACGAACUCACGCUUCUCUACAAGACCUGCAAGCUUGUAACUGAGCCCCUGUACGAGGGCACACCGCCAUUCUGUGCGAAUUGUGAAGAUAGUACGGCAACUUAAUUGGAUUCCACUUAUUGAACUGUGUGUGACAACCGCAUAAGAUGUUUAUGUCUACCAUAAGACUAAUGUAAUUUUUUGACAUACGCGAAAAAAAGAAAUCUAACACUUGAGAAUGACCAUGACUUCCCAACCACCAUCGUCUUGACCCAAAUUAAACACAGUCAAAACUGAAAAUGUGAUUUAGAUCAAAAUUAGGUUUUACCUCUUAUGCCACGUAAAUCCAACACUUUCUUAUAGCUUUCCUGUUCUGUGAUUUCCGCCUCUUUCAUUAUUCGUGCUAACUACUAUGUUCUAAAUACUUUCAAUUUUUAUUAGUUCUAGUUGACUUUAAAAAAUGGUUGAAAUGGCUCUGAGCACUAUGGGACUUAACAUCUGAGGUCAUGAGUCCCCUAGAACUUAGAACUACUUAAACCUAAGGACAUCACACAUAUCCAUGGCCGAGGCAGGAUUUGAACCUGCGACCGCAGCGGUCGCGCGGUUCCAGACUGGAGCGCCUAGAACCGCUCGGCCACUCCGACCGGCUAUAUUUGACUUUAUUUUAAUUCCAAGGACAAGAUCGUGACAUUAAUUUUUCCGCUGUUUCGUAGUUGAUGUUCUAGAUAUUUAGAUAUUAUUAUCAUUGUUAUUAUUUUCUCUGAUAACAAAGAUAUUAAUCCUUCAUAUGCGGAGAAAAAUAUGAAACAUUUUUCUUUACAGUAAUAGAUAUCAGCGAAACUACUUUUGCCUCUUAAUUCAAAAAUUUGCACACAUCGAAGAAAACGAUAGAGUAUCGAAAAAAAUUGUGUCAUAUUGGUAUUAUUGUCAUGAAAACAUAAAUUUUCUUGUUGCAGUUUCCUGUUAUAACUACAACUUUAGCUCGUCUUAUUUGUUACUACAGCUUAGGCAAUCUUCAGGUGCGAUAGUACAUCGUGGUCCUCGAGCUACACAACAAACCACUUAUACCCGCGAAUAUAUAAGGCAAAGUGAAAAAAAUAUGAGGUCACUUUUAGGCUACAAGUUUGAUUUAUGGCAGACAAAUGUUCGACUUGGAACGUACUAGUCACUUUUUUAAGUAUACGUGGUCGAUAGUCGUAUACGAUUGGCGAAAUGAACGAAAGAUAUGAUUGAAACUUAGAAUAUGAGCUCAAAAUCAGAAGCCAGGAUGUGUGAAAAAACACGGCUCUUGACUGACGAUAAGAAAAAACAACAGUCAUUAGCUAGUGUAAUCUCUGCUGGGGCUUGUCAACAUUGUAGCCAUUCAAAAAGUUAUUUGAAAGAUGUAAUGAAAGAGUUAUUUGAAAUUCAUAGCUCAUAUGAAUUUAUAAAAUUUUCAAUAUUCUCCGAAUCGAUGUUUAUACCGACGACAAAUUCUGUGUUAUAAGACAAACUUUUCGGAACGGUUUAUGGCAAACUUAAUGUAGCGGAUAACCCUUCAGCAAUUGUUCGCAGAUAAAAUAUUUGUUUUACAUUAUUCUUCAAUACAUAGUUAAUGUAAAGGAAAGGGUUACGAAGGCAAAAUUGUGGAAAUCACGGGUAUAAAGUUUCUCGACAGUGUUACAGUGGCAUAAAAACGAUAAAAUGUGCAUAAAAAUUUUUCAUAUUAAUUCAAAAUUCGUGGGCUACGCACACAUUACAUAAAUUAUUGUACAAUAAACAACGAAACAAAGUUAUCACUCAGUUACGUAAAAGCGUCAUUUAUUUCCAGAAUUAGUUGAAAUACAUUAUUAAAAAUAAUUUUCACUAAUUAGAUUUUACAGGUUUCUAAAACACAUUAUCUGCACUGUAACUUUUUCUACAUCAGCUAACGAAAAUUAAUGAAACACUAUUUCCGUCAGCACUCGGAUCAUCAUGAAACAAGAGUUCAUUUUUUUCUUGUGUAACAGGGAAUUAACUUAACCGCACAUUCACUUCAAAAUCCCUAAGCUAAAUGUGAUAAAGGAAUUAUUAUAACAGUUCUGAAGUAUUUGCUGUUAAUAAGAUCUUUAAUGAAUAUUAACAACAUUCGAUAAUUUCUGACUUCAGUAUUACGAGUAUUAAGCUGUAAAACCAACAUUACUACUCAUGUAGAUACUUCACUGUACAAAUCUUGUGCAACGGCUCUUUUUCGGUUACAUGUUCACAUCACUAUAUCGAGACACGAUUUGUUCCUCACAUGUAACUGCGCCCACCUCAAACAACGAACGCACAAAGUGUCAUCUUUUUCUUCAGAUUCGUCAGUGAAGAUAAAUCCACUUGGUAAUCGGUAAGGAACAUUACACUCUCUUUCAUAUACCUCCUGUAACGUACUUAAGGGAUUUACUACUUUUUACAAGACUGAUCCAAAAUAUUUUUAGACACACAGCAUAUCUCCAGAACAAUAGAGACCACACCUCAAUAACAUAUCAUAACAGAUGGAGGCGAUUACCCAACUCUUCCAACCACCAAUAACUCCCAUCCCUGUUUUAGCGUUACCGCACAACUCUAGUUUGUCAUAUCCCCAUGAUUACCAGAAACAUUUCAACACCAGCAAAACAUCGACUUAACAUUUCAGAGUACACAACAACCGUCAAUUUAAGGUGAACAUCGAGGUGGUGAAAAUUUCUUAUAGAUCCUCAAUAUUUGUGACAUAGUUCAUCAAGCGAAGUUUGUAGAUAUUUAUCUAUUGUGAUAAAGUUAAGAAACAUAAUUUUAAAUAUAGAAUUUUAUCUUUAGAGACAUAGUCUUUCAUAUGUGUCUCAAGAGAAUAGCUCUACUUUUAAUUAUCCAUACACUAGACUUCAGGUAACUGCCAUACAUCAUCUUACAAUAGGAACUUUUUUAUAGUGUAAAGUAUUUUAUGCUGUUUUAUACUGGUAAUUCUAGGCUUUUAGUCUUUCAUAUCAUUUAAGAACUUUCAAUCUCCCAUCAGUAUUAUUAUUAAAUAAUAUUAAAGUAAAUUACAGAAUGCACUCAGACACCAUAUUCCUGGAAAUUAUUUCUCGAAAAGUAUUAUUUGAAUGUGUAAUGCAGUUAUAUAAAUAAACGGAAAAAGGAAAAGAGCACCAGUCUGAUUCAAUUAUUAAAAUCCUUGAAAUGUACAUAAAUUUUGGAAACAAAAACAUGACUAACUUUAUGAGAUAUGUUUCACACCUUGUCAUGUAUGUUGAAAUUGUGCAUGUAAUACUUAUUUUCUGUGGAAUAAAAUAUUACAUAAUCCUA